GAAGGGCUAAAUAAGGGUAUGAAUUUUUUACUCAUAUAUUACUUUGUACAGUGCAGUGUUCUUUUUUGUUCACUAUCUUAAAAUCCUUCAUUAAAAAAGCCAACCACCUUUUAAUUAUUUUUUGGCAAAAUAUAUCUAUAGGUCUUUAAGUUUUACGUUUGUAUUAUAUAUGAUAUCUGAUACAAACGUAAAACUUAAAUGAUCUAUAGAUGUAUUUUACCUUUUUUUUUUUUAUAAUUUCUUUAAAUCUCUUAAUUUAAUUUUUAUUAUUUUUCUUUAUAUUGUACUUUUUUUUUUGACUAAUUUAAUAGCUACUUUGAAAAGUGUGAUGUUUUCUUUUUAUGUCACUAUGGUUAUUUAAUUUAUUAUUCUUAUUUGAAAAGAUAGUUAAAUUUUCAAGGGCCUAUAUAUGUAUGUAUGUUUAUGUGCACUCUUUAGGUAACUAAACAUCAACAAGUUUCAUUUUUUUUCUUCUUUCUUUUCAGUCUUUGUGAGUUGAGUUUAGAGUGAGAGUAUAAAAAUGGUUUUUUUCAUGGCAAUUGUUGGUGUAUUCUUGGUACUCUGUUUUUGCUCUGCUCUAUUGAGAUGGAAUGAAGUAAGGUAUAGGAAGAAAGGUUUACCACCUGGCACAAUGGGGUGGCCACUAUUUGGAGAGACAACUGAGUUUCUUAAACAAGGUCCAAAUUUCAUGAAAAAUCAAAGAGCAAGGUUUGGAAGUUUUUUCAAAUCACACAUACUUGGUUGUCCUACAAUUGUUUCAAUGGAUCCAGAGCUUAAUAGAUACAUUUUAAUGAAUGAAUCAAAAGGUCUUGUUCCUGGUUACCCUCAAUCUAUGUUAGAUAUCUUAGGAAAAUGUAACAUUGCAGCUGUUCAUGGCUCCACUCACAAGUACAUGAGAGGAGCACUUCUUUCAAUCAUUAGCCCCACAAUGAUUAGAGAACAAAUUUUACCAAAAAUUGAUGAGUUUAUGAGUGCUCAAUUAAGCAAUUGGGAUGAUAAAGUCAUCAACAUUCAAGAGAAAACCAAAGAGAUGGUGUUCCUCUCAUCUCUUAAGCAAAUUGCUAGUAUAGAAUCAAGCUCAACAAUAGCUGAUUCUUUCAAGACAGAGUUUUUUAAGCUAGUUUUAGGAACCAUUUCUCUACCUAUUAACCUUCCUGGAGCAAAUUAUCACCGCGGAUUUCAGGCAAGGAAGAAUAUAAUCAGCAUUUUGAGUCAAUUAUUAAAGGAAAGAAGAGAAUCCAAUGAAACUCACAAAGACAUGCUUAGUAAUUUGAUGGAAAAAGAUGAAAAUAAGUACAAAUUAAGUGAUGAAGAAAUCAUUGAUCUAGUGAUUACACUUAUGUAUUCUGGCUAUGAAACCGUUUCAACCACAUCAAUGAUGGCUGUGAAGUACCUUCAUGAUCAUCCUAAAGCUCUUGAAGAACUUAGAAAAGAGCAUUUGGCCAUAAGAGAGAGGAAAAAGCCAAAUGAACCAAUUGAUUCCAAUGAUCUAAAAUCAAUGAAGUUUACACGUGCGGUAAUUUUUGAGACAUCUAGAUUGGCUACAAUAGUUAAUGGAGUUCUAAGAAAAACCACUCAAGAUAUGGAACUAAAUGGCUAUUUGAUUCCUAAAGGGUGGAGAAUAUAUGUGUACACAAGAGAGAUAAAUUAUGACACUUUUUUGUAUCCUGAUCCAUUAACAUUCAAUCCAUGGAGAUGGAUGGACAAGAGUUUGGAAUCACAAAAUUACUUCUUGAUAUUUGGAGGUGGCACUAGACUCUGUCCAGGAAAAGAGUUGGGAAUCACUGAAAUUUCAACUUUCUUACACUACCUUGUAACUAGAUACAGUUGGCAAGAAGUGGGAGGAGAUAAACUAAUGAAAUUUCCUAGAGUUCAAGCACCUAAUGGAUUGCACAUGAGAUUUUCAUCUUACUAACUAGGGGGUGACUUUAUGUACAGUAUUGAGAUGUAGCAGAUUGUAGGGGAAUUAUGUAUGAUAUGAUUCUUACAAAUAGUAGAAUAAAAAAGUUUUUUUGCUCCAA